CUCUUUCAGCUCAUUCAACUCUUUCCUUCAGCAUUUUCAGUUUCAGCUUUUUACCGCAACCCUUAUUCGAGUCAGCGAAUAGGAACAUUUUGAGGCUUAGGUCACGAAAACCAAGCAUAUAAAACGCUUGCCACUCCUUGUGCUUUAGUUGGCUUGAAUCGAUCCUGUUGUGAAAAUGUCGCUGAAGUUAGCAUUGUUGUUACUGCUUGGUUUGUGUGCUCUCGCCUUGGCUGUCCCUGAAGGAGCAGAGCCACAAGCAGAUGCCGUUGCCAGACAAGAUGCUGGUGCUGGAGAAUCACAAGAAGUAGCUCCCGCAGACGAGGAAAAGGAAGAAGAAGAAACACAAAGCGAUGAACGAAACGACGGAUCAACUUUGGUGGAAAACAACGGCUCUAUUGAUUUGCAGAACAUCGAGGAUGAUGUCAAGAUAUUUCGACCUGGACAAUCCAUACCCAAGGGAUAUUAUGGAGUGUUUUUGCCAUUCAAAUGUCAGUGUCCUCGUGGCCCGCGUGGUCCGAGAGGUCCCACGGGUCCCAAAGGUCCGAGAGGUUUAAAGGGUCCCCGAGGUCAAACAGGUGCCCGUGGACUACGAGGUCCCCGAGGUCUAAGAGGUGCACAAGGCCCGCAAGGCUUGAAAGGGUUAAGGGGCACCCCUGGUCCGAAGGGUGCGAGAGGCGCAACAGGUCUUCGUGGCCCAAGAGGCUUGAAAGGCCAAAAGGGCGACCGUGGCCAAAGAGGUCCUCCUGGUCCUGGAAGACGACUAGACUGUAGACCAAUAUCCGCAAGAGGAAACAGGGCUCAAUGUCCAAGUGGUUUCACCGUGACUGGAUGUUCAUGCGGUCAUAGGUGUGGUUCGUGGAACACAGAGAACGGUAAUACUAGGUGCUAUUGUCAUAUUGGUUGUAUGAACGGCAAUAAACCCUUGGACUGG